AUAAAAACAAAACAAAAAAAGUAUUAAAUGGAAAAUAAAGUAAAGCAGCCGAGUGCAAAAAAUGCGAGCACUAGAUGGCGUACCUCGGCGAGCCUAAUUUUGGUGGCGCCAGCAGCAGCAGCUAGCGAGGAUUACAAUCUAUUAAUGCUGAAGCGCAGCGAGGCCACGGCCAUAGCGGACAAUCAAACUGUUUUUCCUGGCGGCCUACUGGACGUGGAGGGGGAUGAGAGCGUCGCCUGGCUGGAGUAUUUUGAGCAGUUUGGCGUGUCCCAAGAGGCGCUGCGUAGCCUGAUACUCAUCAGUGAUCAUAGGCCAGGAAUAUUGGCACCCCAAGGCAACGGUUGCUACGAUCGCUUUUUUAAACGCUCCAAAAUUUGGGCACGGGAAAUUACGCUACGCUUGACGGCGUUGCGUGAGUGUUUCGAGGAGGUGGGCAUUCUGCUCUGCCGCAGCCGUACGCAACUGAAUCAACUGGAUGCAGUGGCUCUGACAGCGCAGUUUCAGCGGGAGCAGCAGCACUUCGAUCGUGAGACCUGGCAGCGACGUGUGCAUAAUAAGCCCAGUGAAUUUUUAGAGCUGUGCCGUGAACUGCAAGUGGUGCCGGAUUUGUGGGCCCUACACGAGUGGUCCGCCUGGGCGAGUCCAGCGAUUGUCAAAAAAGGCCAUGAAACGGUUUUCUUCAUGGUAUUUUUGGACAACCAGCCUAUCCUGCUCGCAGAGCCUACUGAGGUCAAGGAGUGCUUGUGGCGCACUCCAGUCGAUUUUUUGUGUAUGUACCAGCACGGGGAACUCUGGCUUAUGCCACCACAAAUCUAUGAGCUCUCGCGUCUGAUAGCUAUCCCGAAUUACCAGAAACUGCUGCAAUUUGCAGCGCAGCGUAGCCAAUUGGGCACUACUUUGUUUUUACCGGUUGGUUACAAUUGCAGCGAUGGCAUGGUGUUUGCUCUGCCAGGCGAUGAACUCUAUGUCGCCGAGCCGCACUUGGCCACUGAACCCAUUUCCUUUCCGGGCACUGCUGACGAGCUGCGUGCGCGCUCCACUUGCUUGCAUCGUUAUGAGUUUACUGGACCAACUGUUUGUAGAGUACAUUUAAAUAUUAUAACUCCGAAUGGUCAUCUGCCGCCACAGAAUCUGCCAAACCCGCUGCACAAGCUUUAGGCGUCACUUAGCAGCUUCGCGUUAACGUUGCUGAAAAGUUUAAUAACUUUUUGAGCUGAAUAGUAAAAGAGUGAAGGGACACAUGCCGUUGCAAAUUACGUUCAGUUUUGAAUUGAUCAUCAGGACAAGUUUAGUCAAAAGGUAGGCAAAUUAAAAAUAAACAAUUUUUGUUUAACGUUGUAUAUAAAGAACUGGUAUAGGGCUUGUAAAUAUUAGUAUAUUCAGUCGGUCACAGGAAUUAGAACUUACAUUUAGCAUUGUCGUAUAUUUUCAAAUUCGUUUCUAUUGUAAAAUUUUGAGUGUUUAACUUAUUAUUU